AUUUGUUGUGGUCUAUAGGAAAUAAAAUGACUAUGGACCGAAAGUUUAUAGGACUUUAAAGUUAGUUUCGCACACUGUAUAUAUAUAUUAUGUAUCUACUGUGGAAAGUAUCUAAUCACUCUUACGAUAACCUCGUAGCAUAGCACUUACAUAAUAAUUGGAAGAAAAUAAAACAAACAAACCAAAAAAAAAAAAAAAAAAAAAAUUGAAAAGAAACCCACAACAACAACAAACAUAAAAAAGAAACAAAAGCAAAGUAAACAAACAAACAACCAGUUUAAUUACACUUCAUUUAAAAUCAAAACAUCAAGAUUGGUCAUAAUUUGUACAUUUCAUCUGUGUAAUUUUUAUUGAAUACAGGCAUUAUUUAUAAAAAGUAUGUGUAAACAAGGAUUAACGUUUUUCUUUUAAAUCAUAAAUCAAAGCAAAUAUCUUAUGUUGUGUUGUAUAUAUUUCUAUAGUAAAGUAAAUAGACCAGGAUUUUCUUUUUUUUUUUAGGCGUGUGCUUGUGUUCUUAAUAUUGUGUAAGCCCAUUCCAAACCGUUCUACGCAAUCGUUAAUGUCUACCGCUCGCUUUUGAUACCCGAUGUGUACGACCCCCGGAUGUUUUUCAAAAAUUCUGACCGACAUGAUGUUUUCUACAGCAAAAGGAAAACGAGUGUGCCUUCUUUCAAGCUUCGAAAGGAAAUCAAGCAACAAUGAUAUUUGUUAUCGGCCACUGGAAAAAAAUUACCCAAUUUUAAUGAAUGAAUGGACUUGCAAAUCGCCGGUUGAGGUGUCUAUAUUUCUGGAUUUUGACUGCUGUAGUUUGGCAAAGCCCAAUAUGUAAGUAAAUAGAAUGACAGGGGGAAAUGUAGACCAGGGGGUUCCGAUAACAUAUCCGGCGGAUAUUCCAUUGUUGAAGCGCAACUCGAAUGCAAAGACUAACAUCAAAGCACAUCUAAACAACACAAUACACAUACCGAUCGACUCGAACAGAUUGGAUGUUUUCAAGGAGGUCCGCGCUUGAUGUAAACAAAACAGAUUGUGCGUUCCGAUCGACUAUUAUUUACCGUUCUCGCAUCGUUCGAAAACAUGGCAGACACCGCAGCUCCCGCGAAAAAGAAGGUUUCCAAGCCCAAAGUGCCCGCAGCGCACCCAAAAUACAUCGACAUGAUCAAGGCUGCCCUCGGGUCACUGAAAGAGCGUGGUGGAUCUUCUAGACAAGCCAUUCUUAAGCACCUGAUGGCCAAUUAUAAAGUGGGCAAUGACGUCAACUCCAUCAAUGCUCACCUCAAAAUGGCCCUUAAGAAUGGAGUCAAAAAGGGUGCGUUGAAGCAAGCCAAGGGUAAAGGUGCCAGCGGCUCCUUCAAGCUUGGAGAUAAGCCCAAGGCUGAGCAGAAGCCUAAAGCCAAGAAAGUAGCCAAACCAAAGGCUGCCAAACCUAAGAAGGCUGCUGCUGCUGCCAAGCCCAAGAAGGCGGCCGUAGAGAAAAAAGUGAAGAAGACGCCAAAGAAACCAGCCGCACCCAAGAAGGCCAAGACUCCCAAGAAGAAGGCGGCAGCCAAGAAGCCCGCAGCCAAGGCCCCCAAGAAGGCCAAGAGCCCCAAGAAGCCCGCCGCCAAAAAAUCCAAGACCCCCAAGAAGGCCGCCGCCAAGAAAUAAGCAGUCUUUGCAAUAUUCCUGCACAGAGUGUUUACUCACAAAACAAAA